UUGCAGAAUUUAUGAAUGCCCUUUAAGAUUAAAGCCAUACCCAAUUUCGAUGUGACGAAAGAUGAACGCGAUGGAAAGGUUCGUGAUGUAUGUGACCAUGCCGUUUGGAGUCUUUCUUCGUGUAAACCAGGUCAUGGUAUUGACCAAUUGCUGAGUGAAUCUACUGAUACAUUUUGGCAAUCAGAUGGUCCACAACCACAUUGCGUUAAUGUUCAAUUUCCUCAAAAAAUGGUUCUUUCCAAAUUAUGUUUAUAUACAGACUACAAAGUUGAUGAAAGUUAUACACCUAGCAGGUUAGCCGUACGAGUUGGGAACACUAUCCACGACCUCAUUGAACUUCUGGAGGUUGAACUACAGGAACCUACUGGGUGGUCAGUAAUUCCAUUAAACUGGCCUGAUGGAUCUCCUCUAAGAACCUUUCUUUUACAGAUUGCCAUUUCAGCUAAUCAUCAGAAUGGUCGCGAUACACAUCUGCGUGCUAUCCGACUUCACAGUCCUGUGGAAUUUCGUGGCCUAGACACUUUGGCGCCUUUUGUGAGUCGCGAGGGCCGUGCUUUCAUGACUAUUCGUUAGUUUUUAUUUCUAUCGUCUAUUUGUAAUCCAGUUAUCGAUCGUCCUGUGUAUCAUAGGUUCCCAGUGCUAUCUAAUUACUUUGUUUCCUUUUCUGGUUUUUAUUCGCCGUGUUUGUUCACUGUUGUACUUUUCUAAGGUGAAUGGUUUGCUGUUUAUGCUGUUUUUUGUGUAGAUUUAACUACGUUCUCAAAAAUCAAAAGUUUGUGGCUGUUUAUCCACUGUAAAGUUUCGCCUGUUUGUUGUGAAUAAUUUUGUAUUAGUAUUUUAUGUUUCUAUUACUCCUUUCAAAAAAAUAUAUUAAUUUUUUCCUGA